GUCCGCCCGCCGGGCUGCACCUCACUUGACGGAGGCUGAGGGGGUGGAUGGGCAAGAGGCAGAGCGAGCCGAGCAAACCGAGUCCACCGGCGGAAUGAGAUAAAAAAAACCCACCCGCCGUUACCGUCCGAAUUGGGGACAAAGAGAGCGCGUUGCAGAGAGAGAGAGAGAGAGAGAAAGGAAGAAAGGAGACGGCGAGGAAGCGGGAAUAAGCUUACUGUAAAUGGAUGCCGCUAUGGAUUAUGAAAGGCCAAAUGUUGAAACCAUCAAAUGUGUCGUUGUUGGAGACAAUGCAGUAGGAAAGACACGACUUAUCUGUGCAAGAGCAUGUAAUACCACCUUAACCCAGUACCAACUACUAUCAACACAUGUCCCCACUGUAUGGGCAAUUGAUCAGUAUCGUGUUUGUCAGGAGGUCCUUGAACGUUCCCGUGAUGUUGUAGAUGAAGUUAGUAUAUCACUUAGACUGUGGGACACGUUUGGUGACCACCAUAAGGACAGGCGUUUUGCAUAUGGCAGGUCCGAUGUGGUGGUCCUAUGCUUCUCAAUUGCUAACCCCAACUCCCUUAACCAUGUAAGAACAAUGUGGCUUCCUGAAAUCAAGCACUUUUGUCCACGAACACCAGUUGUCUUAGUUGGCUGUCAGCUGGAUUUGCGUUAUGCUGAUCUUGAAGCUGUAAAUCGUGCACGACGCCCUUUAGCAAGACCAAUAAGACCCAAUGACAUUUUACCUCCUGAGAAGGGCCGAGAGGUAGCCAAAGAACUUGGGAUCCCAUAUUACGAGACCAGUGUGUUUGAUCAAUUUGGCAUCAAGGAUGUAUUCGAUAAUGCUGUCAGAGGUGCACUGAUAUCUAGGCGGCACCUACAGUUCUGGAAAUCUCACUUGAAGAAGGUGCAGAAGCCUUUACUCCAGGCUCCAUUCCUGCCACCUAAACCACCACCCCCAGUUAUGAAAAUUCCAGACAGUCCUGUGAGUGCUUUUAGACCUAGCCAUCUGCUCAACAAUCCACUGUGUGCUGAUGUUAUAUUUGUGCUUCAGAACCAGAUUAAAAUCUAUGCUCACAAAGUAUACCUGGCUACCUCAUCAUCAAAAUUUUAUGAUCUGUUUUUGUUGGACCUAUCUGGUGACUCUCAAACAAAUGAUGAGAAACCUGUGAAAUCUGGUCGGGACCAUUUGAUGAGAACUUUGAGUCUUGAUACAGAUGACGAUGGUGGUGAGGUUGGUGUUAGCUCAAUGCAUUGCACUCUAAGAGCAUCCAAGAGUGAUGGCAUUUUGAAAGUGAGCAUGCCUGAAGAUGAAUCCACUGCAGUGAAGGAAAUGCAGACAGGAAAAGAGUUAUCUUCAUGGAGCAAGGCCUUUACUUAUAUUCAUGAAGAAGUCUUGGAGAACCCUGUAACAAAAAGGACAGGUCUUAUUACAGUGGUUAGGAUGGACCAAUCAAUCCAGCCAGGGCCCUAUGAAGCUGUAUUACGAUUCCUUUACACAGGAGAGUUGGAUGAAAAUGAAAAAGACCUGAUGAGAAUUGCACAAAUAGCAGAGAUUUUGGAAGUUUUUGAUUUGCGUAUGAUGGUUGAAAAUAUUCAAAAUAAAGAAGCCUUUAUGAAUCAGGAGAUCACAAAAGCAUUUCAUGUCAGGAAAGCAAACCGGAUAAAAGAAUGCUUAGCGAAGGGAACUUUUUCUGAUGUAACUCUUAAAUUAGAUGAUGGGAGUAUAAAUGGCCAUAAGUCUCUGCUAAUUUCCAGUUGUGAAUGGAUGGCAGCUAUGUUUGGAGGAUCUUUCCUGGAGAGUUCCACCAAAGAGGCCACAAACUUAUCAAUCACCCCUGCUGUGGACACUUACUGGAGGUCCAAGAUCCAUAUGCUCCACGACCGCUGGACUAAGUGUGUAAAUGCUGGAGAGGACUAUGUAGAAAAAUAAAUGUGCUAGGUUUUCUAAAAUUGACUCCUACUUUAGGCCAUGAACUUAUCAAUCACCCCUUGUAAUACCACACAUGGAAACUGAUUGUUUAAAAAGGGAAGUACUUUCAAGUGUAAGAAGCAUCUAAAGUAACAUAUUCCACUAGUAUUUAAGUGCAGCAACCUAUUUUCUUUCAUAAAUACAUAAAAGCUUUUCAUUCAACAGAGAUCCAGUCAGCUUCUGAUUGUGAUUAGCACACUGAAGCUUAUGCGCAGUAUUAUGUUUCAGUUCUUAAUUCCUCAAAGUUGUUUGUUAAAGUGUUUCAUUAGUGACUGGAGCUACAUCAAUUACGAGAAAGUUUGUCAUAGGCUUUUGAAGUCUCGUUAAUCUUGUGCAAUCCUGCAGACAGCCCAGCCAUAAGUCACUGCAGCUUGCUGGAUAUUAUUCAAAAUCUCAAGGUAGAAAGGCUUCAUAUUUCUGAAUCUGAAUUAACAUGAAGGUGGAAUUAUCUGACUCCUUAGUCAUGAUUAGAUGGGCAUGCAUGGGAACUAAAGAGGUUUUGCCAAGACAAGUUAGCUUUAGAUCUCAUUGCAGCUACGGUCCAUACAUGGAACAAAGAGCUGGACUCCAGAAAUGAGGUAAGAGUGAAUACAAUUUGAAAGCAUGAUAUGUUAUGAUAGCAUGUAGCACCAGAGAACUCUGGUAAUUGAAGUCGAUGCGCACCAGUAGGAAAACACUCGAAUGGCUGGAAUCUUUCCCCUCUCAAAUGAAGAUGAUAGAAUUUGUUGGAGGUCAAUCAUUCCAUCUUCUACACUUCACAGCCUGAAUACCUCAACCCAUUCUCCUAGCCCCAUGGACCAUCAGCUACUGCAGUGAAAAAAAAAGAUGCUGUAAAUUCACUGCAGGUCAGGCUGUGGGAGAAAAAAAUCAUGACCAAGUGCCUUUGACAUGAAACAUUAAAUCAUUCUCUUUUCACAGAUUUGCCUACCCCGCUGAAUACUUCUAGCAUUUUCUAAUUUUAUUUUGGUCUUUAAGGUUAAAUGUUGGGAAGUUUGACUGGGCAGUAUUUAAGUCUAUUUAAAACUCCUCGGCUAAUCUAUAAAUUCAUGCUUGCAUGCAGCAAGAUCAACAUUUGGGCAUGAGAUAAAAUGUAUACAUGAGAUCCUGAAAUGCUGGUAAUCUAUAGCAACUCUCAAAAAAAUGUUGGAGGAAUUCAGCAGGUCAGACAUCAUCUAUGGAAAGGAAUAAACAGUUGACAUUCCAGGCUGAGUUUCUUCUUCAGAAAUGAAAGGGUCUUCACCUAAAACGUUGGCAGUUUAUUCAUUUCCAUAGAUGUUGUCUGACCUGCUGAGUUCCUCCAGCAUUUUGUGUGUGUUCCAUAAUAUAAAACAUGGCAAAUAAUGUCCAGGCCAUGAGUAUCUCCAUCAAGCAAACACUAAACAUCUUCUCUGGUAUUCAGUGGUACUGAAUCUCACACUGUUAACACCUUGGGGUUCACCAUUCACUAGAUCAACCAUAGAGCAGAUGUUCUGCUGUGAGUUACUUGAUUCUGUGUAUCCCCAAAGCUUUUCACUAUCCACAAAUCAUAAUAAUGCAGUGCUGUCUGCUUGCCUGGUAACAGCACUCAGGAAGCUGGACACCAUUCAGAACAAAGCAGCCCAGUUAAUCAGUGCUCAUCAAUCAUCAAAAAUGCUCAUUCGCUCAUCAGUACCUCACCAUGGCUUCAGUGUGUGUUAUCUACAUUGUUACAUUUCUUACCUAGACAAAACAGCCAAAUCCAUAAUGGUUUUUAGCAAGAAAAACAGAAGGUUUAAGGUGCCUACGUUUUCCCCUCUAAGUUUCCUGACUUGGCUAUAAUUGUCAGUUCUUAAUUGUCAUUGGUGUCAAAUCCUGGAAUUCCCUAUUCAACAUUGUUAGCCAUCCUUAAUUGUGACCAAAGAACGGUAGUAAUUCAAAAUGUACUUGUCACAAUUAGGGAUGGGUAAUGAAUGUUGGUCUUAUCGGUGAUAUUCAUGCCCUGAUUUUUUUAAAAUUGCUUAAUGGUCUUGAUGAGAAUGCUGAGGCACGUCGACAAUCUUUUGGUGGAUCCAUUUCUGUUCUUUAGUGUUAGACCUAGUCUGUGGGAUUGAGUUGUAAUUUGGGAAGACCAAUGGCUAAAUGGCAGAGGCUUAGUUGUGAUGGUAAAGCUGAGGGUUUAUUGUGAGGAAAGGCAUGGAGCAUGGUAUCUGGUGGAGAGGACUAGCAACAGGGGAGUGGUAAGAUUCAGCUCCGUGUGCCAUUAACAUCAUGGGAUUUAGCAGCAAUAGAUAUUCCAAAGAUACAUUUGAUCUGCUUUUCUCUGUUACAAGCCAGAUGAAGUAUUAUACAAGUAAUAUAUUAUCCUAUGAAUUUAUGUGGAAAUUAUCAGUGACUAUAUGGUCAAAUUUCCAGAGUGUCUCAAAACAAUCUGCAAAUGGUUUUAAUCCAUUCAAGGGGGCUUUUAGGGUGAGGCAGGGGUGGUGAAGAUUGAAUAUUUAAUUCCAUAAUGUUAUUAUAAAAUGUUAAGUGUAAAUUUUGACACUUGAGAACAAAAAUACAGCAAAAUGAUUCUAAUAAUUGCAGUGCACUGACACAAUCACAUCGACAUGAAAUUGUAUAAGCAUCUAUAAAUCUGAAAUGAACUAAGGUUAAAACAGAAAGUUUUGAACACUGUACUCUAACGUUAUUACAGACUGAAUGCACUUGAAGUUUUGUAAGCUUGAAGUAAGUGGCUAACCCUCAGAACCACUGUGGUUAUUUGUUGGAGUAAUGGUAUCCUUGUGGUUUCUUGCUGAGAUUACAACAGGAGUCUUUUGGUCAUUCUGGAGUGUUUAGCAAACAUGAGCUGCUCAGUGCAAAGUAUUCCAUGCUGUAUUAACUGAAAAAGGUGUCUUAUGACCUGCAUUCAAAAUCUAUCACACAUGAAUGAAACAUAUCAAAUACAGUUUUUUUGUAAUUGUAUCAAAUUAAACAAAGUUAGUGAAUGUAAUGAAGUACUAAAUGUAGAUGAUCAAAAUGAAUUUACAACAGUAUCCUGUCACAACCAUCCAGAUUUGGAGUGAAGUGAUCUUAAUUCAGAUUUUGGACACUGCAAAUUUAUAUCAAUAUUUAAUAAUACUUAUUAACCACAUGAUCAUUUAGCAUUUGAGAACAAGUUCUUGUAAGAUAAUACAUUGCCUUCACUUGCAGGUCUACUUCCCCAGUACAAGCAAGGCUUGUAUGCAAGCAAUUCUGGAGUACCUGUACACCAGCCAAUUCUCAUUCAAUUCACAGCUUGAUCCAAUUGAGUUAAUUGCCCUGGCAAACAGGCUGUGCCUUCCACGUUUUGUG